AUGCCCGGGGUACAGCCUGCCAUACCCGGGGUACAGCCUGCCGAGCCCGGGGUACAGCCUGCCGUGCCCGAGGUACAGCCUGCCAUGCCCGGGGUACAGCCUGCCAUACCCGGGGUACAGCCUGCCAUACCCGGGGUACAGCCUGCCAUACCCGGGGUACAGCCUGCCAUACCCGGGGUACAGCCUGCCAUACCCGGGGUACAGCCUGCCAUACCCGGGGUACAGCCUGCCAUACCCGGGGUACAGCCUGCCAUACCCGGGGUACAGCCUGCCAUGCCCGGGGUACAGCCUGCCAUACCCGGGGUACAGCCUGCCAUGCCCGGGGUACAGCCUGCCGUGCCCGGGGUACAGUCUGCCGUGCCCGGGGUACAGCCUGCCGUGCCCGGGGUACAGCCUGCCGUGCCCGCGGUACAGCCUGCCAUACCCGGGGUACAGCCUGCCAUGCCCGGGGUACAGCCUGCGGAAUGCAGUCCAGUUUCGAUGCCGCCAUCACAGCGCCGGCGAAGAAUGGGUUCAUGGGUUCAUGCUGACGGCGCUGGGUUCAUGCUGACGGCGCUGGGUUCAUGCUGA